AUGCUCGGGGGGAGGGAGAGGGGUCAGGGCAAACAGGUGGAGAAAGGCGACGAUCUCCACUCGCGAAAAGUAAAAAUUAUCCCUGGCGGGGUGGAGGAUAGCGUCGUGGUGAGGCUGGGACCAGUUAAUAGGGCAAAGCAGUUUCGAUCCGCCAGUGAAAUCGCGCUCGGUGUCAAGAGCGUUCCCGCUCGGAACGAUGAAUGCAGGGAGAAUUCACAAAACAAAACAACAGAAGUCCCCGCUAAAACCAACAUCUCUGUUUCAGCAGCACCCGAGCAAGCGAGGACGCCUGCCAAGGAAAAGCCUCAGUCACAGGCGGAGAGCGGUCUGCGAACCAAGGCUGCGUGCGGGAAGGUUCCCCGGAGCCACGGCGGGGAACGCCUUCCCGCACCGCUCCCAAGCAAGGCGCCGGGCGGAGGGGCGCAGGAGGCAAACCCACCCUCUCAGACUCUUCCCCGGGAUCCCGCCUGCCGGGGCCAGGCUCGCUGUGUGGACAGGGAGGGAGAGACCUGUUCCCGGGGUUUCGGUGAAGACGAUCAGCAAAAAACCACAGUGAUUGAAAACGGUGAAAUCAGAUUCAAUGGAAAAGGGAAAAAGAUUCGGAAGCCUCGAACCAUUUACUCAAGCCUACAACUCCAGGCUUUAAAUCAUCGCUUUCAGCAGACUCAGUACCUGGCACUUCCAGAGAGAGCUGAACUGGCAGCUUCAUUAGGACUGACCCAGACACAGGUGAAGAUCUGGUUUCAGAACAAGCGCUCCAAAUUCAAGAAGCUGCUGAAGCAGGGCAGCAACCCCCACGAGAGCGACCCUCUGCCCGGCUCUGCCGCCCUCUCCCCUCGCUCUCCAGCUCUGCCUCCAGUCUGGGACGUUUCAGCUUCUGCCAAGGGAGUCAAUAUGCCUCCCAACAGCUACAUGCCUGGCUAUUCUCACUGGUAUUCUUCUCCACAUCAAGACACAAUGCAGAGACCACAAAUGAUGUGA